AUGGUGGAAAGAUGGACAAACAACAACAAGGCAUUUGGCUCAGUGAGCAGCGGAGAGCGAGCGAUAGAGAUACAGGGAUAGAGGGAGGGAUGAGGGAGAGAUAAAUGGAGGAUUAGCGGGAGCGUCUCAUAGGCUGGGUAAUGAUGGUGAUUGCGAGGCAGCAGCGGUUGGUUGGCGUGUGGACAGCUGUGGUGGAGCGUGGCUGCCUGCCUAGCUGCCUCAUGGCUCUUGGCUACGGUCAACGGGGAUUGGGUCUGACAAUGACCCCUGGACGACGCUGAAUCUCUGCUUUACUCAGAAGGAGUGGAGCGGUGGCAGUGUCACUCUGUGUGGGUGGCAGCUUUGAGCGGUGGUGGUUAUAGGCAGAAACACUGAGUGAAUGUUACUGGAAGGGAUGUGGGUAACUGAGCAUAGCCAUGUGGGUUACAAUGUUCAGCCUUGAAUACUAGACUUCUGUCCAUCCUAAUAUGCAGAAAAUAUGAGCCUGAACUAGGCCUUUUCUCUGUCAGUGUCACUGUGUGUGGGUGGAAGCUUUGAGCAGUGGUGAUUAUAGACAGCACUGAGUGUUCCUGUAACUCUGGAAGGCAUGUAGGUAUACUGUAGCCCAUAGGAUGUGGCUUAAAAUGUUCAGGUUGGAACAGAGGAACUUCUAUCCUGAGAGUUCUCCAUCAAUUAUGAACCUCAACUGUAUGAUCAGUUUGACUCAUACUAGAGACUUUAUGAACAACCAUUCCACCCUCUCAUUUCUCUCUUGGUGACCAUGACCAAAAUGUAGCUUAUAACUCAUGUAAUAACAAUGUAAUAGCAGCAUUUGUCAAGACUCUCUCCCUCUGUCCUCCCUCUCGCUCUUCUGUAGGGAUGGCUACAGAAGUAUGGCUACCUGCCCCACACAGACCCCAGAAUGGCUGUCCUGCGCUCAACACAGACCAUGCAGCAAGCCAUCGCAGCAAUGCAGGGCGUCUACGGCCUCAAUGUCACAGGGACACUGGAUGAGAGGACCACAGAGUGAGUAGAUACACACACACACACACACACUAACAUAGGAACACAAAAAAGUAAUUAUCACCAAUGAUAAAUGUAUGUAGCCUACAUUGAUUUACCCAAAUUAGCUCCAACAUCUCUAACUAGCAGCCCAGUGAGAUCAUAACACUUUUCAUUCUUCCCCUUCUUGCUUAAUUGAUGAAGUGAUAUCACACUAAGGUGAGGCUCGAUCUUUUACAUAUUAUUUGUGUGCACAGUAUUCCAUACGUGUUACAUGGGUUUGAAUGGAAAUAGAUCAGUCAUUGAAGCUCUAACCUGGCCAACACUCAGUCUUACCACUUUUUCUCAGAAUGGAAAGAACCAUUUCAGUCAACUAGAUGUCACAUUUUUAUGUUGCUGGGUUUUUCACGCUCAACAGUUUCCCGUGUGUAUCUAGGAUGGUCCACCACCCAUAGGACAUCCAGCCAACUUGACACAACUGUGGGAAGCAUUGGAGUCAACAUGGGCCAGCAUCCCUGUUGAACGCUUUCAACACCUUGUAGAGUCCAUGCCCGAUGAAUUUAGGCUGUUCUGAGGGCAAAAGGGAGUGCCACUCAAUAUUAGGAAGGUGUUCCUAAUUCAGUGUAUAUUAUAGUGGGAAACACUAGUCCCAUUGUCCACUAAACCGCAGUAUGUAAGGCCAUAUGUUUGGUAUUCUAGUUCAGAGUAGUGCUUGUUGUGGCAUCAGAUAUAACCAGUCAAACAUCCUGUAGGUACAAAGGUGUUCGAUCGGGUUGAGGUCAGGGCUCUGUGCAGGCCAGUCAAGUUCUUCCACACCGAUCGACAAACCAUUUCUGUAUGGACCUCACUUUGUGCACGGUGGAAUUGUCAUGCUGAAACAAGAAAGGGCCUUCCCCAAACUGUUGCCACAAAGUUGGAAGUACAGAAUCGUCUAUAAUGUAAUUGUAUGCUGUAGCGUUAAGAUUUCCCUUCACUAGAACUAAGGGGCCAAGCCCGAACCAUGAAAAACAGCCCCAGACCAUUAUUCCUCCUCCACCAAACUUUACAAUUGGCACUACGCAUUGGGGCAAGUAACGUUCUCCUGGCAUCUGCCAAACCCAGAUUUGUCCGUCGGACUGCCAGAUGGUGAAGCGUGAUUCAUCACUCCAGAGAACGCAUUUCCACAGCGCAAGAGUCCAAUGGCGGCAAGCUUUACACGACUCCAGCCGACGCUUAGCAUUGCACAUUGUGUUCUUAGGCUUGUGUGCGGCUGCUCGGCCAUGGAAACCCAUUUCAUGAAGUUACCGACUAACAGUUCUUGUGCUGACGUUGCUUACAGAGGCAGUUUGGAACUCGGUAGUGAGUGUUGCAACCGAGGACAGACUAUUUUUACGCGCUAAGCGCUUCAGCACUCGGCAGUCCCGUUCUGUAAGCUUGUGUGGCCUACCACUUCGCUGCUGAGCCGUUGUUGCUCCUAGACUUUUCCACUUCACGAUAACAGCACUUACAGUUGACCGGGGCAGCUCUAGCAGGGCAGAAAUGUGACAAACUGACUUGUUGGAAAGGUGGCAUCCAGUGACGGUGCCACGUUGAAUGUCACUGAGCUCUUCAGUAAGGCCAUUCUACUGCCAAUGUUUGUCUAUGGAGAUCGCAUGGCUGUGUGCUCGAUUUUAUACACCUGUCAGCAACGGGUAUGGCUGAAAUAGCCGAAUCCACUCAUUUGAAGGGGUGUCCGCAUACUUUUGUAUAUAUAGUGUAUAUGUGUGUCACCACAUAAUUGUGCUUAUCUAACCAGCUCUUGUCCUCCUCCUCCCUCCAUUGUCCUUCUCGUCUUCCACCUCCACUUCCUCCCUUGUUCUUAGUUGGAUGAAGAAGCCGAGGUGUGGAAAUCCAGACAAACUAAAGGGCAACUCAAGGUCGCGGAAGCGGAGGUACGCGCUGACCGGGCAGAAGUGGCAGCGAACACACAUCACUUACAGGUGAGAAACGUAGGCCGGCACAUGCACAUGCACAUGCACGCAUCACCUACAAGUGAGAGACGCAUUCCAGCAGCCUUGAUGGUUACCAUGACAACCAACCGUUAGUCAGAUUAGCCAAGGGUUAUUGUAGGUUCCGUGUUUGUCAGUGUAGCUAUUAAUUUGUGCUCUCUUUUCGUCUCUCUUCCUCCUUGGUCUCACAUUCCCUCAGCGUUGCCUUGGAGACAGCACAUACGGGCGCACACAUACACACACACACACACACACACACAGAAGAAGAGUUGUUUGUGUGUGAAUAGAAGUCAAGUCAGAGAACAGAAUAAAGUGAUGUAAUGGUUUUCAACUUUCUUCUUCUUUGCAUUCCAUUCCUUUACAGUUAUCUUUCAUUUCUCAUUUUAAGAAUACCAGAAGACAAACUGCCUCAUUUUAAUAGCAAGGAUGAGGACAACUUUUAUUUCGUCCUAUUCUCUCUAAAAUCCUCUAAGUAAAUCAUCCAAUAAUCUUAACAAAAAUAUUCAAAUUCCCCAUCUUAUCACGCGUGAUUAAGUUUCCGCUGCUAAUGGGGUCUGAGAGAGCAGGAUAAGGGGUGCUGCUCGGCGCGGUGGGAAAUUGACAGGUUACAGCCGUAAUAGAUGAUAACACUCUGUCAAUUUAUUUAAAUCCUUACUUCCUUCCUGCAUGUGAAUUGAUGAGGCACCUCUUCUAAUGGAAUGUCAGUCAUUCUGGCUGCUGCUGCUUACUGCGCUCUCUCCAUGAAAAUGAGUUGGGGAGAGAAGAUGAGGGGGAGAAGACUUCUCUCUCUCUGUCUCUGUCUGCGAGCGACUGAUAACGACAGCUGUGUUAAAAGUGCAGUGAAAGCUGCUGGGUUUGUCGGAAUAGUUUAAUACUGAAACUUUUCGAGCAUCUCAUCAUCCAUUUUCGAGAAUAUUCUCCCCAAGCAAUAGUGGGAGGGUGGUUCAGAUUUGGACAUACAGUAUAUGAUAUGUGGUGCUGUAUGUGACGCUGUAGCCAUCUGUUUCUUUCUAUAUUUAAAAUGCUGUAUUUGCGGGGCUGCUUUGUGUUAAAGCUUUGUUGUAGCCCUUUCUUGCAGUCAAAUGACCAAAUCACCCUCUAGUGGCCUCAUGGGUGGAAUGUUAUUAAUAUUGUUCAGAAUGUCAUAAUUAAUCAACAUUCUUAUUUUUUUAACGCUGAAAAUCCAGUGUUUCGAUGUCAAAUGGUAUCGUUAUAUUUCAGUCUUCUGUGAUGUAUAUAAAGUGUAAUAUUGGAAUGCAAACUAAAAAUGUAAUACAUAUCAACUCUAUAUCUGGCAUGGUACAGGUGUCUUCAAUUUUGUAAGCCCAUAACCAUGUGUGUGAGGUGUAUACUUUUGUUUCAAAGUAGAUUUGUUUAAGACUACCAAGAAACACUGUGUGACCUUGAUUUAGCCCACUGCAGUAAAAAUGAUGAAUGAUGUGGGUAUAUUUAUUCUGGCUAGUGCAGAAUAGGAGUUAAAAUGUCUAAUGAGUACAAUAGUUUUCUUAUAUUACUGUCAAUGUCUUAUAUUUUUUUACAAGUAAAAAGUGGCUCUUAUCUAGCUGGUGGUACCAUCCAAGCUUCCAAUAACCCCCCACCCAGGAUGCAAUCUGUUUUUCACUUCUAUCAUAUUCCCUAUCCACCCUAUCCAUUUCUCUCCUAACAUCAGGUCUUUAUUGUAAAAACAUGUUGUCAAUGUAAAUAAGAAUAUGUUCUAUAUUGACUCACCCUCUCUUCCUCCCUCAGCAUAAAGAACGUCACGCCCAAAGUGGGCUCCAGGGAGACCCACGAUGCCAUCCGGCGUGCGUUUGACGUGUGGCAGGGAGUGACACCGCUCCACUUCGAGGCCGUCCCCUACAGCGCCCUGGAGAGCGGCAGGCGGGACGUGGACAUCACCAUCAUCUUCGCCUCAGGUGAGAAUUGUAUUGAGUGGUGCCUGGGAGAGGAAAACUGAAACUAUGUCAAUGUUGCCCUAAUCCCGUUCUCCCAAUGUAAACUUUGAAGUUAAAUUAAAUUGAUCUCACCUCAGGUUUCCACGGUGACAGCUCACCCUUCGAUGGCGAGGGGGGGUUCCUAGCCCACGCCUACUUUCCGGGCCCUGGGAUCGGAGGGGACACCCACUUCGACUCAGACGAACCCUGGACCCUGGGGAACCCCAACCACGAUGGUGAGAGAUGGAGGGAGGGAAAGAGGGAGGGGAAGGGGGAAAGAGAUAGAGAAAGAGGGAGUGGGUGGGGAGGUUUAGAGAGAAAGAUUAAAGGAAUAUGGUUGUGUGAGAAUCAUAUCAAAGACUAACAAGUCAAAGAAUGUAAAUGGAUACAGUCCAGUGACAUACGGUGAGGUCGGUGGCUAGGUAGGCACUGGCUAUUAUCAAAGCCAAAUUUACUCACAAAUAAACCUUGAUGAAGCCCAAGUUCACCAUACAACAGAAAGCUCCAACAACCAAAGUGACAUACAGUUGAAUUCGGAAGUUUACAUACACCUUAGCCAAAUACGUUGAAAUUCAGUUUUUCACAAUUCCUGACAUUUAAUCCUAGUAAAAAUUCCCUUUCUUAGGUCAGUUUGGAUCAUCACUUUAUUUUAAGAAUGUGAAAUGUCAGAAUAAUAGUAGAGAGAAUUAUUUAUUUCAGCUUUUAUUUCUUUCAUCACAUUCCCAGUGUGUCAGAAGUUUACAUACAGUGAGGGAAAAAAGUAUUUGAUCCCCUGCUGAUUUUGUACGUUUGCCCACUGACAAAGACAUGAUCAGUCUAUAAUUUUAAUGGUAGGUUUAUUUGAACAGUGAGAUACAGAAUAACAACAACAAAAUCCAGAAAAACGCAUGUCAAAAAUGUUAUAACUUGAUUUGCUUUUUAAUGAGGGAAAUAAGUAUUUGACCCCUCUGCAAAACUUGGUGGCAAAACCCUUGUUGGCAAUCACAGAGGUCAGACGUUUCUUGUAGUUGGCCACCAGGUUUGCACACAUCUCAGGAGGGAUUUUGUUCCACUCCUCUUUGCAGAUCUUCUCCAAGUCAUUAGGGUUUCUAGGCUGACGUUUAGCAACUCGAACCUUCAGCUCCCUCCACAGGUUUUCUAUGGGAUUAAGGUCUGGAGACUGGCUAGGCCACUCCAGGACCUUAAUGUGCUUCUUUUUGAGCCACUCCUUUGUUGCCUUGGCCGUGUGUUUUGGGUCAUUGUCAUGCUGGAAUACCCAUCCACGACCCAUUUUCAAUGCCCUGGCUGAGGGAAGGAGGUUCUCAUCCAAGAUUUGACGGUACAUUGCCCCGUCCAUCGUCCCUUUGAUGCGGUGAAGUUGUCCUGUCCCCUUAGCAGAAAAACAACUCCAAAGCAUAAUGUUUCCACCUCCAUGUUUGAUGGUGGGGAUGGUGUUCUUGGGAUCAUAGGCAGCAUUCCUCCUCCUCCAAACACGGCGAGUUGAGUUGAUGCCAAAGAGCUCGAUUUUGGUCUCAUCUGACCACAACACUUUCACCCAGUUCUCCUCUGAAUCAUUCAGAUGUUCAUUGGCAAACUUCAGACGGGCCUGUAUAUGUGCUUUCUUAAGCAGGGGGACCUUGCGGGCGCUGCAGGAUUUCAGUCCUUCACGGCGUAGUGUGUUACCAAUUGUUUUCCUGGUGACUAUGGUCCCAGCUGCCUUGAGAUCAUUGACAAGAUCCUCCCGUGUAGUUCUGGGCUGAUUCUUCACCGUUCUCAUGAUUAUUGCAACUCCACAAGGUGAGGUCUUGCAUGGAGCCCCAGGCCGAGGGAGAUUGACAGUGCUUUUGUGUUUCUUCUAUUUGUGAAUAAUCACACCAACUGUUGUCACCUUCUCACCAAGCUGCUUGGCGAUGGUCUUGUAGCCCAUUCCAGCCUUGUGUAGGUCUACAAUCUUGUCCCUGACAUCCUUGGAGAGCUCUUUGGUCUUGGCCAUUGUGGAGAGUUUGGAAUCUGAUUGAUUGAUUGCUUCUGUGGACAGGUGUCUUUUAUACAGGUAACAAACUGAGAUUAGGAGUACUCCCUUUAAGAGUGUGCUCUUAAUCUCAGCUCGUUACCUGUAUAAAAGACACCUGGGAGCCAGAAAUCUUUCUGAUUGAGAGGGGGUCAAAUACUUAUUUCCCUCAUUAAAAUGCAAAUCAAUUUAUAACAUUUCUGACAUGCGUUUUUCUGGAUUUUUUUGUUGUUAUUCUGUCUCUCACUGUUCAAAUAAACCUACCAUUAAAAUUAUAGACUGAUCAUUUCUUUGUCAGUGGGCAAACGUAAAAAUGAGCAGGGGAUCAAAUACUUUUUUCCUUCACUCAAUUAGUAUUUGGUAGCAUUGCCUUUCAAUUGUUUAACUUGGGUCAAAAGUUUCAGAUAGCCUUCCACAAGCUUCCCACAAUAAGUUGGGUGAAUUUUGGCCCAUUCCUCCUGACAGAGCUGGUGUAACUGUGUCAUGUUUGUAGGCUUCCUUGCUCGCACACGCUUUUUCAGUUCUGCCCACAGAUUUUCUGUAGGAUUGAGGUCAGGGCUUUGUGAUGGCCACUCCAAUACCUUGACUUUGUUGUCCUUAAGCCAUUUUGGCACAACUUUGGAAGUAUGCUUGUGGUCAAUUUUCCAAGCUGUUUAAAGGCACAGUCAACUUAGUGUAUGUACACUUCUGACCCACUGGAAUUGUGAUACAGUGAAUUAUAAGUGAAAUAAUCUGUCUGUAAACAAAAUGUUGGAAAAAUUACUUGUGUCAUGCACAAAGUAGAUGUCCUAACUGACUUGCCAAAACUAUAGUUUGUUAACAAGAAAUGUGUGGAGUGGUUGAAAAACAAGAUUUAAUGACUCCAACCUAAGUGUAUGUAAACUUCAACUGUAGGCUAUUAACCGAAAUUGACAAAAAAAUGUCACUAAAUGUAAAUACCAAUGUAGCUAAGAUACACAAGCGAUAGCCUCCGAUGGCGGCAUAUUUCAUAUCAUCCGACAAAAUGACACACUGCUCAACUCAGCUCAGUCAUAGACCGAUGUAGCGUCCACAGUUACAACUGAUAGGUGUCACUAAAAUACCCAUAUAUGGACACGUUUCAUCCGAAUAAUUCGCAACGCAAACACACACACACACACACACACACACACACACCUAAUAAUAAUGUUAUUAGGUGAAAUAUUGUUACACACAAAUACUGUAUAUAAUAAAUAAGGUACUAACAAAAUGUCCAUAUCAACAAUCAAAAUGACUGAAAAAUUCAAAAACAAAACAAAAGUGUCUCAUCAAAACGGAAUUCUAGCUUGAUAAAUCAAAUGCAUUAAAGGGAUGUUGUCCGUUAAUCAAAACCAUAAACAGCUAGACCGCUUUAUGAAAUUAAGUUGUACGUUUUUUUGGUGUAUGUUAGGCCAACGCGCCAUUUCUCUAGAGAGAAAUCAAAUCAUUCAUGAGAUAAAUCAAGUCAAGAACUACAGUAUGUGGGAUGCUGGGCUGAAGGGAGUUUUCAUUAAGCAAAUAUUCAACCUAGUUCAGCGCAGAAACGUGGUAAUUAACUACAAUGACCAUAAUCCAUUGUGCCUGUUCUUUCUGGCUCAAACAGAGAUGGAUACACUUUUACACCUGCUACAUUAGGUUAGAUACACACAGACAGCAUAGACCACAUGAAAGAGGAAUGUACACGACAAUGACGAGAGGGACAGGGACAGUUCGUGAAAGUAUGCCUUAUCUACUUUGAAGAACUAGUAAAAUGAUUUUUUCAGACAGCUCUGCUGCAUACUUAGGCAGGCUAGCCUAGAUAAAUAGGAUGACUAAAGAUAGCACAGUAUAGGGAGCACAGAGAUAACAUUAGAUAGUCUGGCUGACUGGCUGGCUGGCUGCUACUGCUACUGAAAUAUUAAAUUUUUUCAUAGUCAUUUCCUAUUGAUCUAUUGAUGUUAAGCAGAAGAUAUCCUCCCUACCUUUACACUUGUUUAGACUGAGCUGCACUGGGGUCUGAACACAAUCAUGGUUACUUUAAGACACCGUGGAGCCGGCGCCAGAUAUGGGUCCGAAAACGUACCUCAAUGUAGGGAUGAGAUAUGCCACUGUACUCCAAAUUGUACCUUUAUCCACACUGAUACAUCGAGAAGAUUGCAAUAAUGAUUAUUGUUGUUGAAAACUGCCCUUUUCGUCCUCAUGCUAGCUAGCAGUAGCCACCGCAGCCAUUUUGGAAUGGCAGUCUCAGCCAAUUAGCUCCUUUGUUGUUCAACGCGACUGCCAUUCCAUAAUGGCUGCUGUGGCUACUGCUAGCUAGCAUGAGGACGAAAAGGGCAGUUUUCCGAACUAAUAAUCGAACUGAAACCGAACCGACCUCAAAAAGCACUAAUCGCCCAGCACUAUCGCUGACAUAAUUAAAUCCCCAAAACGCCUCCUUGACUUCACUUUUAGCCACAUAAUGCAAAACCACAGAGAUCUGGGAUUUGUUUGUAACAUCUGUGGUCUCAACUACUUCUACUGCAACAAAUGGGGCUGCAUUAAUCUCAUCUUCAAUGUCCUUUCGAAUCACAUCGCUGACUGCUUCAAUCAAAUCAUUCUGUUUGAUAACCGAAAACACAGUGGAAGUCUCCAUGUGUUUAGCUAACCUUUUUUAGCAAAGGUAUACAAUAACUCCACAUAGUUGCCACAAUUACAUGAGAUUGUACUCUCAUCAUUACUGUGAAAUGUUAACUCAUGUUUCCCUAGGUAGCAUGUUGCUCUAAUAAGGUCCUUCAAAAUCUCACAGUUUUCCUUUACAUUAGCAUUGUGGAUGGUCACUUGUUGUUUUUGCUGUUCAUUUAACGCCAGAUCGAUCCAUGUGUUCCCAAAAGUUUUUAGGGUGAUCUGGUGUUGGAUGUGCGAUGCCGACUUUUUGUGUUUGUUGAGGGCAUUGGUCAGAUUGUUGAGGUUGCAGUAGCCGCCUUCUACCCAAAUGUUGUCCCCGGUUGAGAAGAGCAGGCAGGGGAAACAGUACAGGCGGCUGCUGGUAGCGUAGCCACACAGCUACUCUUUUCUUUCAAACCACUCCUGUUUAAACAAUCAGAUAAUUUUCUGUCUCUUCCUCUGAUGAAAUUCAGGAAGCGCAGGUGUUGGUCUCCCUCUCUGAAUUAAGUUUUCCUUGGAAAUCUAAGUAUUUUCAUAGUCGCCAAAUCCAGAAUAAAAUCAAGAAAGCGUACAAUAUUAUAUAGAUACCUAACACCUAACUUGGAAAAUUGUUUGAGGUGCAAUAGUGUCCAUUUUGUCAGGUUGUUUUUGCUAGUUAGCUAGUUUCGUUCAUUUUAAGGGAUGUGCACGCCAAAUUAUGUAGACACGCCCAAAUGUGCAGAGCUUACCCACACAACAUGUUUAGGCAACAUGUGCAAAAUAUGAAAUCAGCUCACUGCAACGAAUGUCAGCUAGGCAAAGCAGUGAGUCCUAUCCUGACCCUGUCCAUUAACGGGGACUGGAGUCAUGAACGGCCACAUGCGUCAAUGAUUUGAAUGGAUUUUAAAGGAUGGGAAUGAAGGUAUGCACACCCUGGCGCCUUUCCUGAUGUUUUGAUGCAGUUUUUGAUUUUUUUUUGUGUGCAUAAAAAACCACCAGAAUCACUGAGAAUAGACAUCCGGUUAAAAAAAGAAUGACCAUUUUUUAUAUAAUUUUUUAUUUGGCUUUUCAUUACAGAUUUUCUUAUUAAACUGCCUACCCUGACUUCCCGUCACUGAUACAGUCUGCAUUUCAACAGGCUGCAUUGUAUUGCACAGCACCAGGUCAUAGUGCAGAGCCCAUCCCUGCUGUUAUCAGAUAUAAACCCUCACAUUUCUAUUGUGUUAUGGUCAGGCAGUGUAUUGUACUGUAGCUGCAGGGCAGGGUGGAGGGUGGAUCCGGCCUGCAGCCCUAGAGAGCUGUAGCUUGAAGACGGUAAUCAGAUCCCUCUCUCAGCCCUGUCAGCCUACACCCAUCCACUGUCAGGGAGCACUUUACUUUAAUUACCCUGCUGCCAGCCUGCUCUGCUCUGGCUGCCGUUACUGCUGCCUGCGGAACAGCACAUCUAGAGAGCUGUCAGGCAGCAUUAACUGGCACAACACUGCCACUUAGAUAGGCAGUCCCCUCCUAGGCCACCUGCCUGUUAGUGUGAAAAGCAGUGUUGUUUCUUUUUGUUUGUUGGUUCAGCUUUUUGUCCUGUAGCCCCCUAUCAAUUCUCCUCAGUCGCUUCUUGUUAUUAUCUUUGAUUCAGAUUCCUUUCUACGUGCUGUUGAAAAAUCAUGGCUACCCAUGCAGAAUAGACUCUGGUUCAAUCCUUUGCCUCAGCUUGUGUGUGUAAAUCAAUGACUGUAAAACAGAGCUGUCAAAUAAGGGUUUAGAUGCAUGUUAAGAAGUGGUUAAUAGGUUUCCACGGUGGUGUAUGUAAUGGUGAAUGUUGCAUGUUGACAUGUGUGCUAAUGGUGGCCUGGCCUGUCCCCUGGGUAUUAUUAUGGGCUGUAGUUAGUGGAGGAGGAGUCAGAGGCCAUGUCUGCAUCUGAGUAGGAAGUGUAGUCUGUGCCAAUGAUGAUACGAAUUGCUGUUCUCUGAACUCUCUCGAUGGCAUCGGAUUGUUGCUUGUUUAUCCCUGCAUGCCACACUCGGCCAGCACAUUCCACCGUUGGCCAGAUGUAGGUGGUAAAUACCGGUACCAGGUUAGGGAAGUGGAAGUGCUUCAGGCGUCGGUGGAGGAACAGACGUUGGUUGGCCUUUUCACAGAUGUUCUCUACCUGUGUUGAUUUUAGAUUUCCUUGGAUGUAGAUUCCGAGGAUCAUGAUAACCUCUUCUGUAGUGUUGUGUUGUUUAUAGACAGGGGUGGUAGUACGGGUGGUGACUUGGUGAAGUGCACAUGGAGCAGGUUGCACUUUUUGGGGUGCAGAACCAUGUGGCUCCCCACUGACUACUUCUCCAGGUCAACCAGCUCUUCUUGGAUGGUGGAAGGUGAUGUCAGUUGUCUGGUAUCUAAUAAAUUAAGGUUAACCAAAAAUGUCCAUUGCUUGACUGCAGUUUGCCUGGCUGCACUGUUGAUAUAUGCAAUAACAAUCAGCGGGCCGAGCAGAGUUCAUUGAGGUAGGGCACAAGAUAUACUGACACUGUCCAACAGCACACCAUGAUACCUCACCACCUGGUGUCUAUUAGAGAGGAAGUUGCCUAUCCAUCUGGCGAGUGAUGGACGAAGCCUGAGGUCUUACAUCCUGGUGAUGAUGAGGUUGUGGCAGACACGGUCGAAGGCUUUGCUGAAGUCGGUGGUCACCAGGGAGCAGAUGGAACCAUUCUUAUCCUGGGACUUGAAGAGCUCAUUGGUUAGAUCCACCAGACAGUGUGGUUGAUUGGCCUUGUAGACAUCCAUACUGUUGGGUGUCAAUUUGAUAUAGAAUGUCACUGAGUGCCCAUUCAGUGAUAAAGCUCUCAGCUACUUUGCUCAGUAGAGAGGUUAGUGACUUGGUUUUCUGAUAUUUUCUGUAGACUUCCGAGGGUUGGACCUUUGGAGCAGGGCGUGCUGGUAAAAAGGAGGGCAGCAGUGCUGGGUUGAUGGGUGGUAGGGACUGUGCUAAUUUUGAUAGUGCUUUGUUGAUUUCAUUUGCUGCUUGUUUUCUGUCACCUGGUCUAAGACCCUCUAUGUGGAAGGUUGCCUCAGUGUGGGAGAGGUUGGCUAUGUCCUUGAUAUUCUUAUGCCACUGGGCAGGAUCUUGCCUUUUGAGGGCUUGGAUCUUAUCUCUGUAUAAUGCCUCUUUCUCAGCUAGUUGCGUAG